AGGUAGACCGUGUAAAGCAGGGCGUGUCUAUCUCUGUUACCAUGAAGUGAAGGAGAGAGAGGGAGCAUGCGUGAACAGAGAGCGAGCGAGAGAGAGAGAGUCUGCGUUUUAGAAUGAUUACAGGACUCAGAGGGAGAGAGAGAGAGAUUAAGCGUACACAACUGUUGUCUUAAUCCUCUGAGCGGAUAGAUAGAUUUAGAGGAAAAAAACUGGGGGUUUGGAGCAGAGCAGCCAUAUUUUAUGGCCCGCUGGUGGAGCGAGGGGACCUGGAGCAGCCGGAGGCGAAGCUGAGGAGAGAGUGAGAAAGAGAGAGAGGGGGAAACUUUGGGCAGCUGGCUCCUUUAGCCAGCUUAAAACUCCUGUCCGCCACAUUCCAGCUGAAUAUCUGUCAAAAAAACAUUUUAAUCGAGGUGUCAGAGCGCUUUAACCUCAGAACCAGCGAUGAAGGACCGAUUGGAGCAGCUGAAGGCGACAUGCGAUCAAGAUGAUGACGAAGUUGAGAUCGCUGUGGACAAUGCAGCGUUUAUGGAUGAGUUCUUUUCCCAGAUUGAAGAUAUCAGAAACAGCAUUGACAAGAUUGAUGAAAACGUGGCUGAAGUGAAGAAACUCUACUCAGUUAUUUUGUCUGCACCAACGUCUGAUCAAAAAACACAAGAUGAGCUGGAGUCACUUACCAAUGACAUCAAGAAGAUGGCCAAUAAUGCCAGAAACAAGCUGAAGACUAUCGAGAGGAAUCUUGAGUCAGAUGAAGAGGAGAGAGUGUCAGCAGACAUGAGGAUACGCAAAUCACAGCAUGCUGUUCUCUCCAGGAAGUUUGUGGAUGUGAUGACGAAAUAUAAUGAAGCUCAGAUGGACUUCAGAGAGAAGAGCAAAGGACGCAUCCAGAGACAGUUAGAGAUCACUGGUAAAGCCACUACUGAUGAUGAACUGGAAGAGAUGCUUGAGGGAGGAAAUGCAGCUGUCUUCACUGCUGGGAUUAUAGAUUCAGGGAUAUCUAAGCAGGCACUAAGCGAGAUCGAAUCCCGACACAAAGACAUUGUACGACUGGAGAGCAGCAUAAAGGAGCUUCAUGACAUGUUUGUGGACAUCGCCAUGCUUGUAGAGAGCCAGGGUGGCAUGAUUGACAGAAUUGAGAGCAACAUGGACCAAUCAGUGGGCUUUGUGGAGAGGGCAGUGGCCGACACUAAAAAAGCCGCCAAAUUUCAACAGGAGGCGCGGCGCAAAAUGAUCAUACUGGGUGUGGUCAUUCUUGUGGUUGUGAUCAUCAUCAUUAUCAUCAUCCUCACACAGACGCUCUGAGGCCACACCCCUGUGUGUCACCACACCCACUCCAUUCAUCUGUCCAUUGCUGGCCUCCCAGCCCUGCCUCACUCUUAAGUGGAGAGACAAACAGACACAAGACAACCAACACCCCUCCCCCAUCCAUCAGUGGCUCCACCCUCCUCUCCCUCUACAGGCUGAUGGAUGGCAGCUCCAGUGGCUUUCAGAAAUUGUGCUUUUAAUCAGAUAGAGCACUUGCUGCAGGGGAAUUACAAAGGGAAUGCAAUAUGUUUUCAUAAAUGAAUGGGAUCAAAACAAAGAAUAAGGGAUUUUUUUCGUUCAUGAGUGGUCAUGUGACCAAUAAUAAGGCCUUUACUUUUUGCCUUAUUAUAUAUUUUUUAUUUUAGUGUUCUGUAAAAACAACAUACACUAAAGACUUUACCAGCUGCUGGUGGAUUUUGCAAGUGCACCUACUGUAUAACUUAUUCUGUUAUUAUUUUAUUUAAACCCAUAAUUCAUUUCAUCCCCCAACACAUUUCCAUGUGCCAUAUAGUUACAAAAACAGACCUAUCAUUUCAUAUACACCCUUUCAUUUUACUGUAUGAAGUCUACAGAGUCUGUGAAUCUGCGGAGGAUGACCUGAGUGAUUUUAUGACUGUUUUACGGUGCUUUCAGUUCUAAUGAAACACUGAAUUUGGGCAGUUUAGGCCUUUUUUAGUGCCUUUUCACAUUUCAUUUGGAAUGAGUACCACAGAACUUUGGUAACUAGUUGUGAAUUUCAUGUUUUCUAUGAUCAAAUAGCACAAUUUUACAUUUUUAAAAUUACAUUUCAUUUAUAAAACAAUCAAGUGAAAUUUUUGCAAAUGUACUCAUGUUUUUGAAGGCAAUCAAUGUGAAAUAGUUGUUCAAUUAUAACAAGCUGCAAAGAAAUUCUGGUUGUUUGUCCAAAUGUUAAUGUCUUAUUAAUGCUCUUUGAUGAAGACCCACAACUAAGACUGAUGAAGCAUAAAUAGUUUAUUUUUGAAUAUUUAAAAAAAUAAAUUUACUCCUGCCUCUGAACUUUCAUUGUCAUUUAAGGAAUAAAUAAUGUAUUUUUGAAGAA